AUGGCAGCGGAAUCUGAAGCAGAUGUCCCAUGGCCAGAUCGCGAGGUUGCUAGCUGGAAGUCGGGUCGGGAAUUUAGCAUCGGCAACGGUCGUUUCGUCACUAGGCCCACCAAUCACCCGGCCAAUUGGUUCACCAAAGCACUGGUAACUGUUAUCAAGAUCUCCCCCGGUGACAUCAUUGAUGCAGAAUACCUCAGGUCACGCAUACGACGAUACAUCAAUAACUGCGAUGUCUUUAGGCUGGAAUUUCUGCAUUGCAUACAGUUUUCGGGUGCACGCAGAGAAGACGUCGACCUACAACAAGAUGCAGAGGCGCAACUCCAGGAGUGGGGAAACUCAUGGAUGGAAUUCAUUCCUACGAAUUCAACAAAUAAUAGUCCUUCACCAGGACCGUAUGUCGUCUUGCAUAAGCGGAUGCAACAAGUUUGGCGAGUAUAUGACGACGACGCGAAAGCUUUUCUGGUCUCGACUUGGCCCAGUGAGAACGAUGCAGAAAGAUACGAGAGCAAUGGCCUCGCAGGGAACGCUUUCACAUUACUAGGAGUAGCUGUUCCCUCGCGACUUUAUUUUGUCAAAUGCAAAGAGCGACCACUCGACGGCGUUCGUAUAGCCAUCAAAGACAUAUUUCAUCUCAAUGGGCUCAGGACAUCAGUCUGUAACCGAGCAUAUCAUGACCUUUAUCCACCGCAGACCGAGACUGCUGAGUGUGUCCAAAUCUUAACAUCACUAGGCGCAAUAGUGGUUGGAAAGACUCAUCUGAGCUCUUUCGCAUGGAAAGAAGAGCCUACGGAGUGUAUUGAGUAUCCCGCACCUUUCAACCCACGGGGUGAUGGGUACCAAUCCCCAGCGGGAAGUAGCAGCGGUAGUGGAGCAGCCAUUGCGUCUUAUGAAUGGCUUGACUUUACAUUGGGUACUGACACAACUGGAAGUGGAAGACGACCCGCUCUUUGGAAUGGAUGUUUAGCUCUGAGACCUUCCAGAGGCAAGUUGCCUUGCGGAGGCAUAGUCUUGACCUGCCCUCAAUUUGACUCACCGUCCCUCUUUGGUCGUGAUAUCCACACUUUCAACAGUUUCGUUCAAUCCUGGUACGGGGCCUCCAUCAAGAGCCAGGAUAGAUCCAACCGCCCCUGGAGAAUCGUGUAUCCAGUAGACUAUCUGCCGGUAGGCAACCAUGAUCAGGCGCGUGUCUUCGACGAGUUUGUCGGCGACUUGGCAGCGUACCUUAAAGUCGAGCCAGAGAUACUCUCCAUCGCAGAAACAUGGAGGCAAGCUCCACCCACCGAAGAGAGAGACAUUUCGAAAUACAUGGAGAAUACUCAGGUACACGGCUUCUUCUACGAGCUAUAUCACUGUUUUGAUGGGUUUCGAGAAGACUACAGGAGGGAGUAUAAGCGAGAGCCAUUCCUUACUAUGCCUCUAAAAUCGGUGUGGAGUAUGGGAAGGCUAAUUGACGAGUCGCAGAGGGACCGCGCAUUCGAGCGCUAUGAUGUGUAUAAAAAUUGGUUUAUCAGACAUAUACUCCGAACAGAGAACACGAAGACCAUAGUGGUGUUGCCCAUCGAGGAGCUCGAACCGCGCUACAGAGAUGUGCCAACCGUGCCACCUAUCGAAGCUCCGAAGGGAGUUGGUGUCUUGUAUUUGAGUUCUAUAUUGGGUGCACCGGAGAUCGUAGUACCGGCCGGCCAAAUACCAUUCCAUUCGCAUGUCUCUGGGCAGAAAGAGUAUCUUCCCGUGGCAGUAUCUUUGCUCGGCGCUCCAGAGACAGACUUAGAAUUGACCGAGAUGACGGAAAACUUCCUCAAGCACGCGGGCAGGUCUACGCGAGUCUUGACAGGAAAGACCAUGUUUGGUACCGGCAAGAAAUGA